GCGGAGGGACCGCUGGGGCCGCCCGUUGUCGUCUCCUCCUCCCCUCCUCUUCUCCUCUCCUCCUCCUCCUGCUGCUGCCCCUGCCCCUCCUCCUGCUGCCCCUGCCCUCCUGCUCCGCUCGGCCGGGCAAGGUUCGGCCGCUGGGCGCCGGGGGCAGCCCGGGGGCGGUGCCGGCCCCCCUGCAGCCGUGGGCCCCGCCGGGCUCGCAGCCCCGCUCAGGCCGUGAGGGCGGCGCGGCCUCCCCGCAAAUAACACCAGCUAACACCGACUAACAGCUCCCUUUCCCCUCUCCCGUGUGCAAGAAGGUGAUGAUGGCCUUGGGGACGCUCCUGAGGAAGCCGCCGCUGCCGCCGGGCAGUUGUAGAUCCUUCUGGGGAUGGCUGAAUGCCGUGUUCAACAAGGUGGACCACGAGCGCAUCCGCGCGGUGGGCCCGGACCGGGCGGCCUCGGAGUGGCUGCUGCGCUGCGGGGCCCGGGUGCGCUACCAGGGCUCGCCCAAGUGGCAGCAGGACUACAACGCGCUGCCCACCGGGCCCCUGGGCAAGUACAGGAUCGAGGCCAUCAGCGCCACCGACUCCUGCAUCAUGUACCGAGGAUUUGACUACCUGGAUGGCCUGGAGCACGUCAGGGACAUCAAGCUGGAGAAGUGCAUGUACAUCCAGGACCAGUGUCUGCAGCGGCUCAGCGAGACCAGCAGCCUGCAGAGGAGCCUGCAGCAGCUGCAGAUCAUCUCCUGCGGCAACGUCACCGACACGGGCGUGCUGGCACUGCACCGGCUGGCGAACCUGAAAUAUUUGUAUCUGAGUGACCUUCCUGGGAUCAGAGAGAAAGAAAAAACCUUCCGUGUCCUUCAGCAGGCACUGCCCAAGCUGGAGCUGGAGCUGGAUUUGGAAUAAACACAGCAGCACCUAACUGA